AGGGACUUGCUGCUGGGGCGGCGGAUUUGGAGAGAGCUUUUGCUCCGGAAACAGCCACGGGUUUAGCUUCUGCGUUCGGGAGGGUCCAGGAGGCCAGGCUAGCCCAGGUACAGAGAAAAGGCCCUUGGUAGACGCCUUCCGGGUCUAGUUAAGGGGGCUAGGACGCCACAGGAUUUAGAAAUCCUUGGCUUCCGGGGUUCAAAUCCUCUGGCAGCUACCUGCUUUUUGUAUUUUGGGAUCCUGUUCAGAAUAGUAGCAGGACAAAGGUUGCCGCUCAGAUAGAUUAAAUUUAGCUACACCUCCAUGGUAGUUGAAGAAACUGUGAACAAAGUUGUGAAACGGGCGAUCCUCCUCCUAAGAGUGCGGUAGAACAUUGGCUUUGCAGUUAUUACCCUGUUCUAUGUCAAUUCUGUAAAGAGGACCCUACUCUGAACAUCGGUUGCUGCUGCAGAAAUUUUUUUUUUGUGUUUUAAAGUUUUGUUAAACUCAUGUGUCAUGUGCUUUCUCACCUGCUUGGGUUAUUUAGGCACCAAGAAUGUUCAGGAUGUUGUAAUUCUCCAUGUACUGAAAGGUGAUGGAGUACAAUUGCUUGGAGACCAUCUGCUUUGUUCAACACUUAUCUUCCUGCUGUAUCUUUACAUAAUCUGAAAUCUCUAAAAGAUAACUUGAAAUAAUUUGUGGGAAGAUGCUUACUUUAGUAGUAUUACAGUUCUGUUUUUUAUCAUUUAAGGAUUUUGGAAUCAAUUCAUUACAAUACUGUGUUUACAUGACUGCAUUAAAUCAUAUAAACUGUUAUCCAUCUGGAGAUAAUUUAUUGUAGGAUUCCAAGAUUGGAAAUAGUACACAGGACCUGGUACAACCCCUCUUUGUCUUCCAGAUAAGGAAAUUGACACUCGGCAAGAUUAUCUGUGGAACAUAAACAAUGGAUUCCUUGGACCAUAUGCUGACGGAUCCCCUGGAACUGGGUCCAUGUGGAGAUGGCCAUGGCACACGUAUUAUGGAGGACUGCCUCCUGGGGGGCACCAGGGUUAGUCUGCCUGAGGACCUUCUGGAGGAUCCCGAAAUAUUCUUUGAUGUAGUCAGCCUCUCAACAUGGCAGGAAGUAUUGAGUGAGUCUCAGCGUGAACACCUCCAGCAGUUUCUGCCUCACUUUCCUGAAGACAGUCUCGAGCAGCAGAAUCAGCUCAUCCUAGCCCUGUUCAGCGGGGAGAACUUCCGCUUUGGGAACCCUCUGCACAUUGCCCAGAAGCUUUUCCGAGAUGGACACUUUAACCCCGAGGUGGUUAAGUACCGGCAGCUGUGCUUCAAGUCCCAGUACAAGCGAUACCUCACCUCCCAGCAGCAGUAUUUCCAUAGGCUGCUGAAGCAGAUCCUGGCUUCCCGGAAUGACCUGCUGGAGAUGGCCCGACGGAGUGGCCCGGCCCUUCCCUUCCGCCAGAAGCGCCCUUCACCAUCCCGCACCCCUGAGGAGCGGGAGUGGCGGACCCAGCAGCGCUACUUGAAGGUCUUGAGGGAAGUGAAGGAGGAGUGUGGUGACACAGACCUGUCCUCUGAUGAAGAGGCCACGUUGGAUUUACAAGAAAAAUUUUCUUUUGAAGAUCUCAGCUCAUGGCUUCCGAGCUCUCCAGCGCGUUCUCCUAGCCCUGCGGUGCCCCUGAGGGUGGUGCCCACGCUUUCAACCACGGAUAUGAAAACUGCAGAUAAAAUAGAACUGGGGGACAGUGACCUGAAGAUAAUGUUAAAGAAGCACCAUGAGAAGCGGAAACAUCAACCAGAUCAUCCGGACCUUUUGACAGGGGACCUGACUCUCAAUGACAUCAUGACUCGAGUAAAUGCUGGCAGGAAGGGCUCUCUAGCAGCACUAUAUGACUUGGCUGUCCUUAAAAAAAAGGUUAAGGAAAAAGAGGAGAAGAAGAAGAAGAAAAUAAAACUGAUCAAAUCAGAGGCAGAGGAUUUGGCUGAACCCUUAAGCAGUGCUGACGGGAUCCCACCUCUCUCACAGGCCCCUUCUCCGCUGGCUAUACCUGCUAUCAAGGAGGAGCCUCUUGAAGAUCUCAAGCCUUGCCUUGGAAUCAAUGAAAUAUCUUCCAGUUUCUUCUCUUUGCUAUUAGAGAUCUUGUUGCUGGAGGGGCAGGCUAGCCUUCCUAUGCUGGAGGAACGGGUUUUGGAUUGGCAGUCCUCUCCAGCCAGCUCCCUCAAUAGCUGGUUCUCUGCGGCCCCCAACUGGGCAGAGUUGGUGUUACCAGCCCUGCAGUAUCUUGCUGGAGAAAGUCGUGCUGUACCUUCCAGUUUCUCUCCGUUUGUUGAAUUCAAAGAGAAAACCCAGCAGUGGAAAUUGCUUGAAGAGCUGGGGGGAAAUAGUUUGGCAUCAGUGAUGGGAUGGAAGGAGGAGCUCCACUCUGAAGGGCGUGGCUGUGAGAGGAUAGGCAGCUGGCACACCCGAAGGUUGAAGGACUGGGGAGAGGCCGACUUCACACCAGGCCAGUCCCAAGAUAAUGAAAAGGAAUUAGCUGCACUCUUUCAACUAUGGCUAGAAACCAAAGACCAGACUUUCUGUAAGCAAGAAAAUGAAGACAGCUCAGAUGCCACAACACCUGUUCCUCGGGUAAGAACUGACUAUGUGGUGCGGCCCAGCACGGGGGAGGAGAAACGAGUUUUUCAGGAACAGGAGCGUUACAGAUACAGCCAGCCCCAUAAGGCAUUCACCUUUCGCAUGCAUGGCUUUGAGUCUGUAGUGGGGCCUGUGAAGGGUGUUUUUGACAAGGAAACCUCGCUCAACAAGGCUCGGGAGCACUCCCUGCUGCGCUCUGACCGUCCUGCCUACGUUACCAUCCUGUCUCUUGUUCGAGAUGCUGCGGCCCGGCUGCCUAAUGGGGAAGGUACCAGGGCCGAGAUUUGUGAGCUGCUCAAGGACUCCCAGUUUCUGGCACCAGAUGUCACCAGCACUCAGGUGAACACAGUAGUGAGUGGGGCCCUGGAUCGGCUGCAUUAUGAAAAAGACCCAUGUGUGAAAUACGACAUUGGGCGAAAGCUGUGGAUCUACCUGCAUCGGGACCGGAGCGAGGAGGAAUUUGAGCGGAUUCACCAAGCACAAGCAGCUGCAGCUAAAGCCAGAAAAGCCCUUCAGCAAAAACCCAAGCCUCCAUCCAAGGUGAAGUCCGGUAGCAAGGAGAGUUCAUUGAAAGUCCUCAGCAGUGGCCCUUCUGAGCAGAGCCAGAUGAGCCUCAGUGACUCCAGCAUGCCUCCCACUCCAGUCACACCUGUGACCCCCACCACUCCGGCUCUGCCUGCCACUCCGAUCUCCCCUCCUCCUGUGUCCUCGGUGAACAAAAGUGGCCCUACUCCUGUCUCAGAGCCAGCGAAAUCUAGCUCAGGUGUUCUUCUGGUGUCUUCACCCACAAUGCCACAGCUAGGAACAAUGCUCUCCCCGGCUUCCAGCCAGACUCCACCACAUUCUCAGGCAGCUGCCCGUGUGGUGAGCCACUCUGGCUCGGCUGGACUGCCCCAGGUGCGGGUGGUGGCCCAGCCUGGCCUUCCUACUGCUACUCAGCAGUCAGCAGGGCCGACUCAGACACUGCCACAGAUGCCAGCGGGACCACAGAUGCGCGUUCCAGCCACUGCUACUCAGACCAAAGUUGUGCCACAGACAGUAAUGGCCACCGUGCCGGUCAAAGCUCAGACUGCGGCGGCCACUGUGCAGCGGCCUGGACCUGGGACAGGGCUCACGAUGACAAGUCUCCCUGCCACAGCCAGCCCCGCGAGCAAGCCAGCCACCAGUUCUCCUGGGAGCUCUGCUCCGAGUGCUUCCACAGCUGCUGUCAUUCAGAAUGUCACAGGACAGAACAUUAUCAAGCAGGUGGCAAUCACUGGGCAGCUUGGUGUGAAGCCCCAGGCAGGCAGCAGCAUUCCACUCACAGCCACUAACUUCCGUAUCCAGGGUAAGGACGUAUUGCGUCUGCCACCCUCUUCCAUCACCACAGAUGCCAAAGGCCAGACGGUUCUCCGAAUCACUCCGGACAUGAUGGCCACGUUGGCCAAGUCCCAGGUUACCACAGUGAAACUGACCCAGGACCUCUUUGGGACGGGAAGCGGCACUGCGGGCAAAGGCAUUUCUGCCACCUUACACGUCACUUCUAAUCCAGUCCACGCGACGGAUAGCCCUGCCAAGGCCAGUUCGGCCAGUGCCCCUUCGUCCACUCCAACAGGUACCACCGUGGUUAAAGUGACUCCUGACCUCAAGCCAACAGAAGCCUCCAGUUCAGCUUUUCGCUUGAUGCCGGCACUUGGUGUGAGUGUGGCAGACCAGAAGGGGAAAAACACAGUGGCUUCUUCAGAAGCAAAACCAGCUGCCACGAUCCGCAUCGUGCAGGGCCUGGGCGUGAUGCCCCCCAAAGCAGGCCAGACCAUCACAGUUGCGACCCAUGCCAAGCAAGGGUCCUCAGUGGCCAGUGGGUCUGGAACUGUCCAUACUUCGGCGGUGUCCUUGCCCAGUAUGAAUGCUGCCGUGUCCAAGACUGUGGCCGUGGCCUCUGGGGCUGCAAGCACCCCCAUCAGCAUCGGGGCAGGAGCCUCUGCUGUGCGGCAGGUCCCUGUCAGCACCACAGUUGUUUCCACGUCCCAGGCUGGGAAGCUGCCUACGCGGAUCACAGUUCCUCUCUCUGUUAUUAGCCAGCCUAUGAAGGGCAAAAGUGUGGUCACGGCCCCCAUCAUCAAAGGCAACCUUGGAGCCAACCUCGGCGGGUUGGGCCGCAAUAUCAUCCUGACCACCAUGCCAGCAGGGACUAAGCUCAUUGCCGGCAACAAGCCGGUUAGUUUCCUCACUGCCCAGCAGUUGCAGCAGCUUCAGCAGCAAGGCCAGGCCACACAGGUAAGGGUUCCAGGCAAACGGUGGGCUCUACCAGGCCUCUUUUUCUCUUGCUGUUUGCUCUCGGCUGAGGAGCUCGUUUGCAGCCUGUUGACCAGACUGUCUCUCUUUGCAAACAGGUGCGCAUCCAGACUGUCCCUGCAUCCCAUCUUCAACAGGGAACAGCUUCUGGUUCCUCCAAAGCAGUCUCCACUGUUGUUGUGACCACAGCUCCAUCUCCUAAACAGGCACCUGAACAGCAGUGAUUCAGAGAGAGAAAGAUGACGUCCGUGAAAGCACACACCUAGGCUGCCCUUCUGGCUUAAAGGAGGGGAGCAGGGAGGUUGUGUCGUCCUUCUCAGCUUGUCUGUUGAAGGGAAGGCCAGCAGUGGGAUGAUGGCAACAGUGGCGUGGAUUCUGCCACCACACUCCACAGUGGAGCAUGCUGAGAAAAGUCCCCUCCAGGCUCCAAGGGCUGUUCCGCUCCGGUGCAGGAGAAGCUCCUCUGUUUGGGGAUGAAGUCAUAGUUGUGCCACACGAGCCAUGGUUCUCUCCUGAGAGCCAGACACCGGGGGAAGGCUUACAGCUGCAGAGCGUGCAGACCGUCAGUAAGCCUCGUUCUCGAUGUGGAUUGUAUUUUUUUUUUAGCUUCUGGUCUUCUCUGUGACUAGUGGUCUGGAUAGGAAUUUUAUGUCCAGAAAUUUUUACGUAACUUAUUUUUUUAAAGAACCUGUUGUAUGUCUUUAUCCAGUGGAAACCUGGGCUUUAUAAAGCCCCCACUCCCCACUGCCCCGAACUGAUUAUUCUCUUGACCAGAAUGGGAGAAUAGCAGGAUUCUCAGUGAGUUGGUGGCUGACUUGAGAGCUGCAUGGCAAUGGGGAGGCUGUCAGCUGGGUAAGAAACCAAGGGAGCGAGAUAAGUGAGAUAGCGUGGGUUCCCUGAAAUGGGAUUAGUUUGGCACUACCUCAUAAAGAUGAGGUAUCAGGAUCUUGACUGUGGUCCGUAUCUUCAUCUGCUGACUUUGUCCUCCUUGUCAGUCCUGUUCACACAGAAGUCCAGAGCCUGUGGACAGGAUAGGCAAGUGCCAGCAGACAUGCUGCUCUUGCGGCAUAGACUUUAUUGCAGUUCAGAGAUUAUAUGUUUUGCUUUGCUCCAGGGCAAGAGUCUGCAAACCACAGCCCUGGGGCUGGCUACCCGUUUUUGUAAAUAAAGUCUUAUUGGAACACAGCCCAUGGCCAUUUGCUUAUGUAUUAUCCUUGGCUGCUUGCAGUCAGGAGGCAGAACUGAGUAGUUGCCAUAGAGUCCAGAUGCUCCUCAGGCCUAAAAUGUCUCUUAUGUCCUCAGGCCCGUUAAGUAAAACUUUGCAGGCUUCUGCUCCAGAGGAGAGGCGGCAAGAGGAGAGAGUGAGUGGGUGUGCCCACUGGGCGGACGAAGCAGCACAGUCACAGGAGAGGUCAGUCGGGGUUUACAAGUCCUUUAAUCCUGGCUGCCUCUCAUUUCUCAGCCUCCAUCAAGCUGUGGCAGAGCUCAGAACAGUAUUUUUAAAUGUAGUAAGUAAGUAAAGCACUGGUUGUUAACAAUAUAUGCCUCUUUUGUAUGGGAGCAGGGGUUGGAUGGCAAGGCUGUUCUGCAGUGUCAGGGCCUCUCUCUCUCGUUUCCAGAUUAUUAAAGAUGUGUCUUUAAUCUGGAAGUUCAGUGAUGAUCUUUUAUGGGGUCUGGUGAGGAAGUGGAGUUGAGGGGCAGAAGGUCCCAAUGGUGUAGUUUAGAGGGGUUGCAAGGUGGAAGCUGAGUGAUCAGGAAGAUUGCAGAGAAGGUCAGGGUGGCUUGUGGCUUUUGAGACCUUGCAUUUGAUUUUUAAAGCAGUUCUGUAAAUAGACAUCAUCAACCGUCUUCUAACUUCUCAUCUCUGGGAGAAGUGGUGAGUCUGAGUUGAGGUUAAAGAGAAAAAGACAUAAAUCCAGUCUUCUGAUUUUAAGUAUCCUUUCUUUUGCCUUCCUAGGGGAAGAUGGCUGUAUGUCAUGCUGAGCUGUGGGGACAGUUGGAGCUAGGGUGGUAAGCCCAAGGUACAGAGAGCUGAGGCGAAUUGGCGGAGAGGUGACUGAGCUUUUGCUAGUAGUGGGGGGCCAGCACAGAUGUCCCACUGGGAAGGGGGGAGAGGUAGGGACUGCCGUGAAGGAGAAAAAUGGCCUUUUAGCCGAGCGGAGGAGAGCACGUCUGUGUUCUCCAGUACUUUGAUAUUUGCACAUCAUUGCUUCCUAGAGGCACAUUUCACAUGAAGAGUCCACGUGACAGUGUCUGAAUGAGAAAACGGUAGAAAUUUGAGGGAUCCUGUCUCAGGUAUUUAUUGUUGGUUAAAACAAACCCCUUCCGAAUUUACUUAACAAAGGAUUUCAUGAAGGUAGCUCUGGCAUUCAGCCCCAGCCCUUCACUGACUUUUCUUUACUGAAGUCACCUGGCUGUGCCUGUCUCUGAGUGCCUGCAGACAUUUGUCUGCAUGCUUGGGGAACAGGGAUGUUUCAGGAUGUUAGUGUAGGACUGACUCCCUGGUAAGUACGAUUUGGUACUGCCCAGCCUGUCAGUGGAGUACUGAGGAAUGGCAAGCCCCAGCUGGAGUUGUUGAAGUGACGUCACCAGCAUUUGCAUGCUGUGCAAUGUGGUUCUGUGCAUACAGACCUCAGGGGUCUUGUAGAGAUGUGGUAGCGAUGGUGGCUGUUUUGGGGGGGCAGUAAGUCCAGAAGAACUCAUGGCAGCCACUGAGCCUCUGACGCUGAGGUUCAGAGGUUGGUAAAAGUGGUCAGACCACAUGUCUAAGACCGGAUUCGGUGAAUAGGAUUGUUUGUGAUGGGUUUGUAUUGUAAACGCAUCUAAGAAUGUUUUUCUCCAGGGUUGACCAAUUCCAUGAAGGUACCCCAAACUGCUGCUGUGAAAGGGAUUUUACAGUAAGUUUCAAUAUUGUAUAUCUGGUCUUCACACCUCAACUGCUUGCUCUGGAGAAAAUACUGCAUUUCCUUAGAGUGUAGUGCACUUCCCCCACCCUUCAAACCUAAAAUAGAGAUCUUUACUAUGAAAGUAAAACUGGGAAUAGGUUCCUUAUACCCACUUCCAGUCUCUAAAGAAAGAAUAUGUUUUAAAUUAAUUGCUCAUAAUAGAUCCUUCAGUACUCGUUGAAUGAAAGUGUGGUUUCCUAGUUAGCAGGCCAAUGAAAGUAGACCCUGAAAGGGGACCACAGGUUCUCUUCUCAUAACUAUAUUUUCAAGUAGCUCAUUCUUAACCUCUGACGUGUGACUUCAGCAUUGAAAGGCUGGCUAACCGUGGGAGGUCAGCUUUCACUUAAGUACAGCAUUUCUUCCAGAGAGCACCCGGUGCUUUGUGUAAAAGAUCUCUACCGCAUUUGUGGGAAGUAGCAGGAAGGAAGCCGGCUUUUGAGUCCUGAAGGCUGGCUUCCCAACUUGGUAGCUGUGUGACCUUUGGCUAAUCAACUUCUCUGAAGAACCUAACGUGGCUUCCAUUACAGAUGGUUGUGUGAAUCAGGUGGGAUACAGUGCAUUUCAGAGUGUGGAAAGUGUUGUGCAAACCAACGGUACUUGGUCUGGAAGACCUUUCAGAGUUGGCCUAGGCCACUUUUAUCCGUUUGUAGAACUUUACCAACUCUCCAUGUUCCUUUGUGAUUUUGUGGCCUUUGUGCAUCCUGUUCUCUGUGCCUGGAACGUGCUUUUUUUUUUCCUAAAGGGCAAACUCCCCAUCUUCUCCCCUCCCUUGUAGUUGUACUUACCCCUUAGGGCACCAGUCACCCUGUAUGUAAACGCUUUCAUAUCUUCGCCAUUAGGCUGAAUUCCUUGCUGGACAGGGAUCUCCUUAAUCCUUUCAACCAUUUCAGUGCUGGCGCAAAGUAGAUGUUUAAUAAAUAUUUGUUGAAGGAAGUUUUUAAAAAAAAGAAAAAACCAGAUCCAGAACCAAGAUUAGACUGUCAGGACUUUAUAUUACUAGUUCAAGAGUCACAUCUUUUGCACGAUUCUUAUGCUUUGCUUUCAGCUGUAUUGAAAUUCAAGGUCUUCGGCAACCUGCCAUUUUUCUACCUCAUUAUACAGACUUCCUGUUAGUGUCUUCUUAUUAGAGUUCUUUUGAGGAGCCAGAACAUUUGCGUUCCAGCUCUCAGCUGGGCCACUGACUAGCUUUCUGAUUAAAAAAACAAAACAAAACAAAACAAAAAAAUACCUUUGGCCCAACGUCGUGACUUAUCAGUAAUAUUACAGUACUCUGGAAUAUUAAUGGCAAAUUAGGAAAUGUUUAGUAACAUUUAAAGUACCAAAGUUUGUGAACUAUUUUACUUUAAGAAGUAUGUGGUAGAAUUAUAUCUUUAAAAUAAAGUCAGUCUCGUGUAUUUACUUUCUGAUAA